UCGAGCAGUCCCAAUUCAUGCCGCCUUUGUUGUUUUCCCUUUCUUUUCUCCUCCUGCCAGUACUACGAAAUGUCCUACGGGCUGAACAUCGAGAUGCACAAACAGACAGAAAUUGCUAAAAGGCUGAAUACCAUUUUAGCACAGAUUAUGCCUUUUCUGUCACAAGAGCACCAACAGCAAGUUGCACAGGCUGUUGAACGUGCCAAGCAAGUGACAAUGACGGAGUUGAAUGCUAUCAUCGGGCAGCAGCAGCUCCAGGCUCAGCACCUCUCCCACGCCGCCCACGGGCCCCCGGUCCAGCUGCCGCCGCACCCCUCUGGCCUGCAGCCCCCCGGCAUCCCGCCCGUCACCGGCAGCAUCGGGCUGCUGGCGCUCGGCGCGUUGGGCAGCCAGGCACACCUGGCCGUCAAGGAUGAGAAGAACCACCACGACCUGGACCACAGAGAGCGGGACUCGAGCGCGAAUAACUCCGUUUCACCCUCGGAAAGCCUGAGAGCCAGCGAGAAGCACCGGAGCUCCACAGACUACAGCAUUGACUCCAAAAAGCGGAAAGCAGAGGAGAAGGACAGCAUGAGCCGAUAUGACAGCGAUGGUGACAAAAGCGAUGACCUCGUCGUUGACGUCUCCAAUGAGGACCCUGCAACCCCCCGGGUCAGCCCGGCCCACUCCCCGCCUGAGAACGGCCUGGACAAAGCUCGUGGGCUGAAGAAGGGGGAUGCACCCAACAGCCCGGCCUCGGUCGCCUCCUCCAGCAGCACUCCUUCCUCCAAGACUAAAGACUUGGGCCACAACGACAAAUCGUCAACGCCUGGACUCAAGUCCAACACUCCCACGCCGAGGAAUGAUGCCCCGACCCCAGGGACGAGCAGCACCCCGGGGCUGAGGCCGAUGCCCGGCAAGCCGAGUGGCAUGGACCCGCUGGCCUCAGCCCUGCGGACACCCAUCUCCAUCGCGGGUUCCUACGCAGCCCCGUUUGCCAUGAUGGGGCACCACGAGAUGAACGGCUCUCUGACCAGCCCUGGUGCCUAUGCUGGCCUGCACAACAUCCCCCCGCAGAUGAGUGCCGCAGCCGCCGCCGCCGCUGCCUAUGGCCGGUCGCCAAUGGUUGGCUUCGACCCACACCCGCCCAUGCGGGCCCCUGGCCUGCCCACCAGCCUGGCAUCCAUCCCCGGAGGGAAGCCAGCUUACUCGUUUCACGUCAGCGCUGACGGGCAGAUGCAGCCAGUCCCCUUUCCCCACGACGCCCUGGCUGGCCCCGGCAUCCCCCGGCACGCGCGGCAGAUCAACACGCUGAGCCAUGGCGAGGUGGUGUGUGCCGUCACCAUCAGCAACCCCACCCGGCACGUGUACACAGGUGGCAAGGGCUGUGUGAAGAUCUGGGACAUCAGCCAGCCGGGCAGCAAGAGCCCCAUCUCUCAGCUGGACUGCCUGAACAGGGAUAACUACAUCCGCUCCUGCAAGCUGCUUCCCGACGGCCGCACGCUGAUCGUUGGGGGGGAGGCCAGCACGCUCACCAUUUGGGACCUGGCCUCCCCCACACCCCGCAUCAAGGCUGAGCUCACCUCCUCGGCGCCCGCCUGCUAUGCGUUGGCCAUCAGCCCCGACGCCAAAGUCUGCUUCUCCUGCUGCAGCGACGGCAACAUCGCCGUGUGGGACCUGCACAACCAGACCCUGGUCAGGCAAUUCCAAGGCCACACGGAUGGUGCCAGCUGCAUAGACAUCUCACACGAUGGUACGAAGCUGUGGACAGGAGGACUGGACAACACCGUGCGCUCCUGGGACCUGCGGGAAGGGCGGCAGCUGCAGCAGCACGACUUCACCUCCCAGAUCUUCUCGCUGGGGUACUGCCCCACGGGCGAGUGGCUGGCAGUGGGCAUGGAGAGCAGCAACGUGGAAGUGCUGCACCACACCAAGCCUGACAAGUACCAGCUGCACCUGCACGAGAGCUGCGUCCUCUCCCUCAAGUUUGCCUACUGCGGCAAAUGGUUCGUGAGCACGGGGAAGGACAACCUGCUCAACGCAUGGAGGACGCCCUAUGGGGCAAGCAUCUUCCAGUCCAAGGAAUCCUCGUCGGUCUUAAGCUGCGACAUUUCAGCAGAUGACAAAUACAUCGUCACGGGCUCUGGGGACAAGAAGGCCACAGUCUACGAGGUCAUCUACUAAGGGGACGCAGUGGUGGUGCCGCAGGCUCGGCGCUGGAGCGGCGCUCGGGGCAGCACUGGGAUGGGAUCGCUCGCUGGAGCUGCACCUCCGUGCCCGCCCGGCACCCACAUGGA